AUGGCGAAGUCCGUGGACGAUACUUUCAAUUUGAUUCUUUUAUACGAACUCGUUGGCAUCAGUAUUGUAUUGGCUAUCUCAUUAUAUUACGUCAUAAUGAACUUGGAUGUGUCGAAAAUAGCAACCUGCUGCACUUUUACAUUUUUUGCUCUUAUUUCGCUUGUCAUACUCUUCGGAUAUUGUUUGACUGGUGAUCAACUAAUUCAACAGUGUUUAAGUGUGCGAGACGCAUACUAUGAAUGCAAUUGGUACGAAACGCCACUCGGUUGCAAGAAAAGUCUGCUAAUUUGCAUGAUUCGGGGCCAAGUUAUGCUGUAUUUAACUGCCGGAAAAUUUUAUAUAUUUUCUUUAAACAGUUUUACAGACAUUAUUAAAACUUCCUUGGCGUAUUUAUCGAUGUUACGUAGAAUUAUGUUAUGA